AUGAGUGAUCCUUGCGACUGCUGCAAGAGUAAGGUGAAGUUCAUCAGGCAGAUGCGUGGUAACUUCAAAGAUAGUGUGGUCAUACCACAGCGGCUCAUGAACCAUUUUGGAGGCGAUACCUCUGGAACCAUAAAACUAGAAUCCCCUAAUGCCCAGGUGUAUGAUGUUGGAGUUGCCAAGAAGGUGAACAGAACGGUCCUCCUGUCUGGAUGGGAGGCUUUUGUCGAUGCCAAUCAGAUACAGGAGAACAAUUCCUUGAUGUUUCGGUACAUUGGAUUCUCCUGCUUCAAGGUUGCGGUAUUUGAUUCCAAUGGCGAGGAGAGAAUCUUGUGCCGUGCCAGGAUGGGAAAUCCUUCUCAUGUUGAAAAGCCAAGCAUGCAUCGUUCUGUUGUUUUGGCCAGUCCCCUUGAUGGUACCACCCAGUCUUCAGAUUCAGAUGACUGCUACAUAACGCCAGGAAAGAUACCUGCAGUAAAAUAUUCUGCUGAUGAAUUUUCAGCAGAAUAUAGUCCAUCUGAAUCUGAUUCUGUGGAGUUGGAUAAUCUUCAUAUGCUUUCAAAGGAUUAUAUGAACAAGACCAAUGUGUCCGACUACCCUGAUCUGGUAAUACAUAAGGAGUACGCGGGCGCAUACUUUCCGCCCAGAACUCGAUUUGUCACACUCAAGGAGGGAGAUCUCUGCCUCUUCCAACCAAUCACAGAGGUUGAGGCAACAAACUUCGCAAUUAUGGUCCACCUGCUUUCCAAAGCUGGAAGAGCUGGUAUACCCUCAAAUCAAGGAGGAGACAAUCCACAUGAAUGUGGAUCUAUCUGCUUGGAUCAACGGGAGACUUCCUCCAAGCUUCAUUAUGUCUUAUCAAGUAGGUGCCGACUGGAUGAAGAAGAUGUGGCUGAAGUAGAUGCUCUUGGUACGAAAAUUCAACCUGAUAUCCCUUUUCUUGUGGUCCAAAUGACAAAGAGCAAUGUCAAUGGAUCACGACCUUCUCUGGUCAUUUGUAGGGGUUAUGGAAGGGCACAUUUUCCCAAAGGAAGGCAAACCAUCACACUUAGACUCCCAGUAGGGAAGAAGAAGUGGCAUGCCAUUUUCCACAUCAGACGAGACAGCGGUGGGUACGUCCUCUAUGGUGGGUGGGUAGACUUUGUCCGUGGCAACAAUUUGCGCGAGCAGGAUGUCUGCCUGCUCCAACCAAUGGACAAGGGUGAGGGGAGAAGGUUCACGGUGAUUGUCCAUUUGCUUCCCAAGGCAAGAAGCACCAGCAGGAAAGUCAGAUCUGGAUACGUGGUACUAGGCGACGGUACCUGCUUGACCCUCCCACAGGAGAAGAUAGUUGCUGAAAGGGUGAAGGUGAUCCAAUCUGAAGCGCCCAUUUACGUGGCAAUCAUUGAUAAGAGCAGUUAUUUUGCCCUUGACCUGGGCGCCAUGGGAGGUGCUCCUGCUGAUGGUCAUCUUCCAGACGGGGCACAGACUCUGGUGCUCCGUCAGGCAGGGUGGAGCAAGGCGUGGCAUGCCGAGAUGCUCGACAGGCGGAUGCUGCCCGGGGGAGGGUGGCAUGAGUUCGCCGCCGACAACCGGCUGCAGGCCGGAGAUCUCUGCCUGCUGGAGCCGGUGAAGGGCGAGGUGCUUGCCAUGUCUGUCCACAUCAUCCGCCGUGAGCAGUACUAUUAG